UCGUGGUCGCCGCGCCUCCUCUGUGACGUCCGUGGCCGCUCCUGGAGACGUUUGUUGUCGCUGCGACUCGACGCCGAUCGGAGCACUCUCAUUACGCGGACCGGGCUGUGUGAUGCUCAGCUGUUCGUGUCGCUGACGCAGUGUUAUUUCUUUCUGUCGCAAGCGAAGCAGGACAGAUGUUCCGUUUUGUCUGGGCCUUCCUGGCUUCGCUCGGGCUCGCCGCCGGCCAGUUCCAGCUCUCGCUCCUGAGUUCGCUGCAGCCUCCGCCCGAGCCGCGCACCCUCCUUCGCCCGCCUCCUCCGCCCCCGCCGCCCUCGCCCUCUACCCCCGCCGUAGCUUCUCGCCGCCCACCGUUGUUAAGCCACGCAGGGCUGACGGGCCUGGCGCCCCCGCCCCCUCCUACGCAGUUCGCUGCCUCGCCCCCUGACGUGUCAAAUCCCUUCGCAGCCUUGUUGGCCCCGCAGAGCUCGGAGGACGCCACGCCCCUGCCGGCGUUGUCCUCGCCCACCACGAUCCGUUUCACCAUCGAUGACGUUCCGAGCUCGUUCGAGCCGUCGCUCUUUCCGCCGAGGGAUAUCUCUCUUCAGGAAGGCCUCAGCCAGGAUGGAAGUCUCGCGUCCUUCGAGGCGUCGAGGUCCUCUCUGGAGGACGAGGCGCCGCUCGCCCCCUCCCCCGCUGGAGCCGAGCCUCUCGGUCAGCUCUUCUUCUUAACUUCAAAGGAAGCCCGGGAACCAGGGGUAGCCCCUGGCGUAGGUGGGAGAGCCUUUGGGAGCGACAAGGAACCGCUGUCGCCUCUCGCGCCUUAUCUGGGCGCUGCCGACGCCGACUUCAAACCAUCUUUGUAUUUUCCUUUUCUUCUCGACUCGACGGAAGAACCUCAGAACGAAUUCACGCUCAUUGAGGAAAGGAACCCGAGGAUCAGCUCCUUCCUCCGCCCACAGCCGCCCCAAUUCUACGAGUCUUCCUCGGACGUCUUUAUUCUCAAGCCGGUCAAGGUCGUUUCCCCAGAGGGCGCGGAGGAGAGCGAGGAGGUGGCCGGGCGUCCUGCUGACCAUGGCAAGACCAAGACGCCCGUGCCCGUAAUGGUCGACAUGGACGGGGGUAAAGACGCCUCGCGGGCGACUCCCAAGGCCACCAAGCCGCCCCCGACGAGGAAGACCCUGCACUUCGACGAGGAGUUCCUCUCUCUCCUCAGAAACGCCGCGGCCGACAAGGGCAACAAGCCAGAGACGUCCUCUCAGGCGAGUCCCUUCUGGCUGGACCUGGCUAGUGAGAAAGGGAGCGGCGCAUGGCGAUUGAAGGGCGCGGAGGCAGCCUCCCCUCCGACCCGCCCAAGGGCAACAACCCCCAGGAACAACGUAGAGGGAGGAUUCUUCACGAAGUCAAUAAAAAGUCUCACGUCGAGCGUCUCUAGCUCAUUCAACAUUUCCAGCAUCUCUCUCGCGACCAACUCGACGGACAGUCUUCACUUGCCCACAGAAGCUCUCUUUGAAUCUGAAGGACCAAAGAUAGUGUCGGUCGGCGAGGUUGGCGAGGUGCCCCAUGACCUCGAGGGCGCCCACACCCACAGCGCGCCCGCGACGCUCUCGGCCUCGCUGAAGCACGGCGUGCAGGCCCUCAACGUCAGCGCUCGGACGUCCGGCUGCCCGAAGCUCUACGGGAAAGUCGAGCUCACGUGCGACAUCCAUCAUGACGCUAGCGACAACACCUCCAUGAAAAUGAUGUGGAAGAAGAAGUCGUUCCUGAAGGGUCGUCCCGAGGAGCAGAUCGUCGCCGAGGACUCCGACUUGAUGCUAGAGGAUCCCCGCCUCUCCCUGAAGCGCCUGAAGGACUCCUACUCCUUGGUUAUCAAGGAUUUCAGACCGAAGGAUUGCGGGACUUACGAGUGCGAGGUCCGGGCAGCGGAUACAGUCGCCGCCUCGCAACUGCUUCUCUUUACUUGUCUCUGAUCCUUCGUCUCCACUUUACUUCCAUUCCCUUAUCUUUUAUCGAAAUUCUACAUCUUGUUUCCGCGUCUUAUACCCAAAAGCGUAAUAUUUUAUCGAAACUUAUUUGUUACCUAAUGUUUCAUAUGAACUCUCCAUCAUGACUCCUGAUACCUAAUCAUUCCUCUCAACUCACCAUCUUAUUCCGUAGAACCUAAACUUAUAUCUUAACUAAGCAUCUUAUCACAAUACCCAAACCUUUCAUCUUGAUUCUACACACAACACCUACGUCUCGUACCCACCAUGUUCCAUUCUUGAGUUUUUACAUCUAUGUUCUGUUCCUCUGCUCUACGUUUUGUCACUGAAUGAUUAUGUUCACCUGCUUCCUUCAUUGAAUUAUUUAAAAAUGAUUUAUCUGGCUUAGUAUAAGAGUCAAUCUUCAUAUUGUUGAUUUUUGAAUGGGUAUGCUUGCAUUAUGCUGUUUUGUGUAUUUAAUUUAUAUUUUUGUUUUAAAAUGUCGUGUGU